AUGGAAGGUUUUGAAGAAGAAAUUACUGAGCCAGUGAGUCCUACUGGACAAUAUUUGAAUAGCUCUUGUUUGUGUAUAUACAUUUUAGGUGUUUUAGAAUUUGAAUUUUCAAUUGAUGAUUGCCAAACUCUUUCUUUGCUUCAAGAUGUCUUCCUUCCUAUCAACACACGUUUCUCCUCUAUCAUGAUCAAGGACCCAUUCAGUGGAGAGAAAAAAUGGAAGAAAGUUGAAGUUAAUUUGGAGGACCAUAUUAAUGUUCCUAAAUUUUCAAGUGAAAAAUUAUGCAACUCAUUCUAUGAUGAAUCUCUUGAUGAAUAUAUGUCCAAAAUAUCAAUGGAACAUUUGCCACAAGAUAGACCACUUUGGGAAAUUCACAUUAUUAAAUAUCCAACAAAAAAUGCAGCUGCAACUGUAGUAUUCAAACUUCAUCAUGCUCUUGGAGAUGGUUACUCUCUAAUGGGAGCUCUUCUUUCAUGUCUAGAGAGAGCUGAUAACCCUUCUCUUCCAUUCACAUUACCGUCGAGUCAAAGACCUAAAUCGGUUUUUAGUACUAAAGCAAUUAUCAAGAGAUUUCCUUCUGUUUUUUCCUCCACGCUGAGGUCGAUGAUGGAUUUUGGAUGGAGUAUCGUGAAAAGCAGUAUGAUUGAAGAUGAUUUGACGCCGAUUAGGUCACGUGCUGAUGAUGUCAAACUUCGAAAAAUUACUAUCUCCAGUGUUUCUUUCACUAUGGAGCGUAUCAAAGAAGUGAAAUCACGACUUGACGUGAGUAUAAAUGAUGUGAUUGCGGGUUUAAUUUUCUUUGGAAUUCGAUUAUACAUGUUAGAAGUGAAUCAAGAAUCAAGAAAAGCAAGCUCAACAGCAUUGGUGUUAAUGAACACAAGAAAUAUCAAAGGUUAUAAAUCUGUGAAAGAAAUGGUUAGCAAGAACAAUAAUGGUGCUGCAUGGGGAAAUCAAUUUUCAUUUUUACAUAUUCCAAUUCCAGAGUUAAAUGAUCCAAAAUUUGAAAACCCACUUGAAUUUAUUUGGGAAGCUCAUAAAGAAAUUAACAGGAAGAAAAAUUCUUUGGUUACUCCUCUUACUGGCAUGCUCUUAAAAAUGGUGAAAACUAUCAGAGGCCCUGAGGCUGCAGCUAGAUAUGUACACAGUACUUUAAGAAACUCAAGUACAACAAUUUCAAACAUAAUUGGUCCUGUGGAACAGAUGGCUUUGUCUAAUCAUCCAGUCAAAGGUUUAUACUUCAUGGUUGUUGGUCCACCAGAGAGUUUGACAGUAACAAUUAUGAGCUACAUGGGAAAGCUAAGAAUUGCAUUUGGUUCUGAGAAAGAUUUCAUUGACAAACACAAAAUGAAGUGUUGUAUGGAGAAAUCUCUUGAGAUGAUAAUUAAAGCAUCAACAAAGACUUCUGCAUAA